CACACACACCACCUGUAUACGAUAACCCUACUCACAAGUUCUAAUUUCUACCCACAGAAUGUCAUCCAUCCAUCCAUCCGAGUGGAUGCCAUCACACGCAGAUGCAAUAAACCACCGCCACUGACAAGCGCUAGAAAGACGAAAAAGAGACCACACGCACACCACUCGCUCACUCAUUCGCGAGUGUGAGUGUCCAUCCAUCCACACACUCCCUGCGGCCGCAUAUGCGCAAAAACCCGCUGCGGCCAGCAAACAAGCCUUCUGCACACAUCCUCGUGUGUAGUGUCGAUCUCCCUCCCCCCGCUCUCUUUGUCCGUCUAGCCUUCCCCGCUGACGAGGAGAUGAAUUAGGUGCGCCGCACUGUGUGUGGUGCCCAGCACCGCCCCUCCCACACCCAGGGCGAUGCACAGACACUCGCGCACUACCUGCCAAGACCGCAACUCAUCCCACCUGCCACACACACACACACACACAGAGCACGGACACGUGUCGCAGACACGUAGAAAGUGUGUUGACUGACGUACCUCAGUUUGAGGUGGAACAGGGCGGGCAGGAGGAAUGCCAGGCAUGUCGACGCAGAGGACCCCACGAGUGAGAUGAAGAUGUUGAAGUUGGGGACGGCCACUGACACCAUGCCCGUGAGCACCACGAGGGAUGCCCGCAGCAGGUUGCCCUUCCACGAGCAUGUCCCCACCAGCCGCUGGUCCUUGCAAAGCGUCUCCUCCAGAAUCUCGAAGACCGGCACUAGCAUGAUGGGGUAUGUGAGGAAGAGGCCCAGGCUCAGCGCGCCCCUCACCAGCACCGAGAUAACGUUGUGCGGCAGAUUGUGCGUCACAAUCUGACAUACAGGCAGCAAACAGGGCAAGUAGAGUGUCCCCCGUCCGCUUCUGUGUCUCUGUGUCUUGUGCAUUGGUUGGUACCUCGUCGGUGUCGCUUCCGAACGCACAAUACCCCAAGAGGCCAAAAGAGAUGAAGAGGGUGGUCACGAGCAGCAUGUUGAGGGACCACAGCUUCUUGAAGUGCUGCUUGUCCUUCAUGCUGUUCUCAAUCGGCAGAACCAUCCCUACAUACACAACACAACACAACACACGCACCAUCAGUCGGGCCUCCGUGUCACAAUACAUUCAUUCAGGGCUCACUCACCAAUGCCCUCAAAGCAGUACAGGCCAACACCAAAGAAGAACGGCAGCGUUGAAGACCUCGCAAUGGCCACAGCGGGCGGCGCCUUCCGCACAGCAACCAGCCGAUGCAAAUCGAAGAAGUACACCACUCCCAAGCCAAAGAGGUUGGUGGCAUCGGCGAGCAGGGACGACCAUGCGAGAUGGCGCAUGUCGCGCAGCCAGCACAGGAGGACCAGCAGUGGGAGGCAGUACAUGACGAUCUCGCCGAAGGAUACAAAGUGGAACACGUUUGCCAGGUUCUCGCCGAUGAAGAUGAGAUACGCAAUGCAGAAACCUACACACACACGAACAUAGGUAGAGAGGGGGGAGAAGUGGCCAGCCAUUCACACACGCAUAAACGACAGCAUUUGCCCGUCCAGUCCAUCCGAUCCGCAUCACCGACCUGUCUGCGUGAUGACCAGGAACACCUCCACGACAACUGAGCCGGUCUUGCCGAAGGCGUGCCACCCAAUAUCGCCAUAUGUCUUGAUGUUCUUGUGCCGUUCGUUCAUCAGGUAGUACUUGCAGUCCACCAGCAGCAGCAUGCAGUGCAGGGCUGUCACCGCCAGCAGCGACAGGAAGGCAGUGCCCAGCAGCACCCCAGACUGGCUGAAGGCGUAGGGCAGGUCCAGUAUCCCCGCGCCGAUAAAGGCGAUGAAAGCAUUCAGCUGCACGUCCCUCACGCCACGCACCCACACAGACAGACAGACAGACAACGAGGGAAGUCGCAUAAUGACCCGCCACUGUUCCUCCUCGACGCACCUCCGUUUUCGCGAGCCCGGUUCCCUUCUUCUCGUCAGUGCCUAUGUCAAACACCACCGGCCCAGGCUCGACCAUUGGCGAGGUCUCUUCAUGCAGCGCAAUGUCAUCAGCAGACUCGCCGCCCGUCGCCUUGCCCCACUUGUGCGGCAUGAUGGGCGUGUCGGACGACGGGCUGUCAUCGCUUGUACGCGAACGAGUUGAGAUGCGGCCCCCGAUGGCGGGAUCUGCCGCAGGAGAGGCGUCGUAAUCGUCCUCUUCUGGCUGGUCCCCCUCCCACUCGUCAUCGUCUGCCCGCAGUCCGUCCCUCUCGUCAGUGCGGAUCUUGCUUUUGGGCAGGGGGAGGGAGGGGUCGCCGCGAGAGGGGCUGGGGGUGUGCGCAGAGUCGUGCAGAGCUCCGCCAGUGAGGCUACUCCCACGGCUGAUCAGGGUGAUGUCACUCAGCUCGGUCUCUUGUCUGCCGAACACGGCUGCCGUGGGGCGGUGGCUCGAUGAUGACACGGGAGUCUGCUGAUCAUCGUCCACAUAAGUUGUGCGAAGCGAGUUUGCUGUGUCCGUCCAGGUGGAGUGCAGACUCGAGGGCAGCGGCUCCUGGUCGGUGUCAGAGUCAAAACGUGACGAAGCCAUCAGAAGGUUGUCAGAUCACGCCAAGGACGGCAUCGAGGUGGGGAGGGGAACGGGAUG